AUGGAGAGCAUCAGCCUCCAGCGAUCUGCCUGGAAAUGGCAAGUACUGAGUUUGUUUUUGCUCUGUGGCUGGGGCUGGGUCUCUGGGCAGAUCCACUACUCGGUGGUUGAGGAGUCAGAGGUGGGAACCGUGGUGGGGAAUGUGGCCCGGGACCUGGGCUUGAAGGUGGAGGAGCUGCCAGGUCGCAGGCUGCGCCUGGGCUCGGAGGAGAGCCUGCGCCACUUCGCCGUGCACCUGGACAGCGGUGUGCUGGUGGUGAGCCAGCAGCUGGACCGGGAACGUCUGUGUGGAGCAGCUGCCAGCUGCGUGCUGUCGGUGCAGGUGGGGAAAGAGAACCCCCUGCAGCUCUUCCGCCUGGAAGUGGAGAUCCUGGACCUGAAUGACAACUCCCCAAGCUUCCCCACUGCUCACCGCACCCUGCGUGUUGCUGAGUCUGCCACAGUGGCUGCACGCUUCCCCCUGGAGAGUGCACAGGACCCCGAUGUGGGCACCAAUGCCGUGGGCUCCUACCAGCUGAGCCCCAACUCCCACUUCUCCCUGGACGUCAAGCAGCAGCAGGAUGGCAAACUCUUCCCGGAGCUGGUGCUGGAGCAUGCCCUGGAUCGGGAAGAGCAGCCAGAACUGCAGCUGGUGCUGACAGCCAUGGAUGGGGGAAGCCCAGCCCGCUUGGGCACGGCGCAGAUAACGGUCCUGGUCCUGGAUGUCAAUGACAACGCGCCCACCUUUGACCGCACCAUGUACAAGGUGCAAGUCCUGGAAAACACGCCCAUGGGGGCCCUGCUCCUCCGGCUCAAUGCGUCUGACCCUGAUGAGGGCCCCAAUGGGGAGACACAGUAUUCCUUUGGGGUUCACACCUCCGACUCGGUCCGGAGGCUCUUCGCCCUGGACCCCCACAGCGGUGAGGUCCGGGUAAGUGGGGCCCUGGACUUCGAGGAAUCACCUUUCUAUGAGAUCUAUGUGCGAGCCCAUGACAGAGGGGUCCCAGAGAUGGAGGGCCACUGCAUACUGCAGGUGGAAGUAGAGGAUGCCAAUGAUAACCCCCCAGAGGUGCUGCUCACCUCCCUGUUGAACCCAGUGCCAGAAGACACCCCACCAGAGACUGUCGUGGGGCUCUUCAAUGUACGGGACCGAGACUCAGGGGCCAAUGGGGAUGUGAGCUUGGAGAUCUCCCCCAAUGUGCCUUUCGCCAUCAGGUCCCUUCAGAACCACUUCUCCCUGGUCACCCAGGAGAGCCUAGACCGAGAGUCCACCUCACGGUACGUAGUGGAGCUGAUCGCCCAGGAUGGUGGGUCUCCCACCCUCACCAUGACGCUCACUCUACUCCUCAACAUAUCAGACGUGAAUGACAACGCCCCGCACUUCUUGCAGCCCUCCUACGAUGCCUUCCUCCCAGAGAACAACCCACCUGGCUCCCUGCUGUGCACCGUCUCUGCCUCGGACCCUGAUGAUGGGGAUAAUUCCCGUCUCGUUUACUCCAUAGAGAGAGGCCAAGUGCACGGUGCCCCCACCUCUUCCUUCAUCCACAUCAACCCUGACAAUGGCAACCUCUACGCUCAGCGCACCUUUGACUUUGAGCUGCUGCAGGUUCUGCCGGUCUCUGUGGCUGUGCGGGACUCGGGGUCCCCCCCACUCCAUGCCAAUGUUACUGUCUACAUCUUUGUGCUGGACCAGAAUGACAACCCCCCCACCAUCCUGCAACCUGCCAGUGACAGUGACAUCCCAGCACCCCAGAAGCUCCCGCUGUCUGCCCCACCGGGCUACCUGGUCACCAAGGUGACAGCAGUGGAUGCAGAUGCUGGGCACAAUGCCUGGCUCUCAUACCGACUGCUGCCACAGUCCACCGACCCCUCCUUGUUCCACGUGUCACUGUACACCGGGGAGGUGCGGACGGCGCGUGCCCUCCAGGACACCGACGUGGCAGCGCAGCAGCUCAUUGUCCAGGUGACGGACAAUGGCGACCCACCGCUCUCCACC